UUGAAAUUAGCAAAGGGAAGUGAACAAGUGCACACUUUGGGAGGAAGGAGAGAUCAUUUGGGACGAAGCCCUGGUGGUUAAUUAACAACCUCUGUGUCUGAUGUUAGUGUCCCAGAGGUAGUCAGGGUCCUCAGAACUCUCUCUCUCAUUCUGACUCAGCACGGCAACAGCACGGUAACAGCACGGCAACAUGGCUCACCGUCGCUUUGAGGGCAAAGAGCACGCAGCCUCCUACCUGAGGUACAGGGUGUCCCCCCCACAGGAACUGAUCGCAGAGAUACUGGCAUUUCUGGAGAAUAUGAAAGGAAGGCCGUUCGACCUUGCCGUGGACGUAGGCUGUGGCUCGGGACAGGGGACACUCCUACUGGCCCCUCACUUUACCCAGGUGAUUGGGACAGACAUCAGCCCCGCCCAGCUGGAGUUGGCUCUGGCCAAUAGCAGCGCCCCAAAUAUCUUCUACAGGCAGUGUCCUGCAGAGGAGUUACCGUUCGCUGACGGCGGGGCAGACUUGGUGACCUCCAUGACCGCGGCCCACUGGUUCCACCGUCCACGGUUCCUCCAGGAGGCAGACAGGCUGCUGAAGCCCAGAGGGUGUCUGGCCCUCAUCAGUUAUACCCUGGACAUGGACCUGGAGUACGGACAACACUCCCACACUCUGACUGACAUCUGUCAUCAGUUCUACAAGAACCUGCUGCCAUUUCGCAGUGCCCACAUAGGUACUACCACGGUCCCUCUCUACAAACAGAUGUAUGACUCAUGCCCGUACCCAGACAAAGAGUGGCAUGAGUGUCUGCGGAUGAGGAGACCGAUGCCUCUGAGUGGCUACAUCGGCAUGGUGGAGACCUUCUCUAGCUAUCGGGCGUUUCUGAAGCAGGAUCCAGUGGAAGCCCACAGGUUCUCCCAGGACUUCAGGAACAGGUUGCUGUCUGAGAUGGGGGAGUCGAAUCCAGACACAGAGAUCACAGUGGUGGUGAAGUAUUUCUACUGGCUGGCCUGCAAACCUGCUGCAGCCUGAUCUGGGGCAAAGACGCAGCAAACCCCACAGACCCGUCUCUUCCCUUGAUGUUUUCUGUUGCAUCUAAUGGCAAAAUGACAACUAAAAGAGGGGUUACACAUUACAACAAAUAAGACCACAUGUUACAUACAACUUAAAUCAUUAGUCCAUCAAAGUCAAAAUGAAAAGUGAACCCACAUGAACUCCAAUACCACCUAAAGAAAAUGUUUUACGAUGUUUCAGAAUAGUCUGGAUACCCGAUGAGCUCAACCAUUUCUUGUUUUAUAAAGAAACAGCUUGUUAAAAUACAAUUGUCUUCUCUGGUUUACUAUAAAGUUAACUGUAACUGGUAAUUACAGUGGUUUGCGUUCUGAACACACAGUCCAAUGUCUCCAGCCUCUUGCGUAUGCGCUCACACAUGCUCCCUCUGUGUCCCUCUGAGUGUUGAGGCUGGUGUGUGUGUGUGCAUGUGUUUUCAGAGGAGUAGGACUGAGAUCCUGCCUGGCAGGAGUCAGUCUCUGACAGUAGUGACGUCUCCCCAUCUGAAAUGCCAUAUGGUGCCCCUAGUGGUAGAAUAAAGUAAUACUUUCCCAUAGCCCCAUCUCAUGGCCCGAAUUCAAUUCAUAACCACAACUCAUAGUCCCAACUCAUAGCCCCAACUCAUAGCUCCACCUCAUAGCCCCACCUCAUAGUCCCAACUCAUAGCCCCAACUCAUAGCCCCAACUCAUAGCUCCACCUCAUAGCCCCACCUCAUAGCCACAACUCAUAGUCCCACCUCAGUCCCAACUCAUAGUCCCACUUUAUAGUCCCACCUCAUAGCCCCAACUCACAGUCCCAACUCAUAGUCCCAACUCAUAGUCCCACCUUAUAGCCCCAACUCGUGGUCCCACUUUAUAGUCCCACUUUAUAGUCCCAC